GCUAGCUCGUCGGUUAGCGCCGCGGCUAAGAGCUGAACUGUGAUGAGAGGAUGAGACAGCAAACCUGCGAUUGAAGCCAUUCCGUCCCCGUCAUCAUCGUCAGCGGAUCUUCAUCACGACACGAGAGUAUUGAACAGCUCUGUGAGUCAUCAUUCAGCGCGAUAUAAACGCUUCAGAUGUCAUGAAGGUGAUGUCGACUGUUUAUGUUCUUUAUUCACCGGCACUGAGCGUUAGCCCGCGCGCGUGACACCAAUAAACGCGCUCGUACGUGUUUUUACAUCAGGAUACGUGAUGCUGACGGAUAGAGUUUGUGUUGUGAAGACUAACCAGUUAACCAGUUGACGUGCUAACCGGGAGCUAGCUGCCGUUAGCCUGCCACACAGCUGAUAUUAUUGAUCGGAAACUCUUGCUGUCUCUUUAAUGGAGGGUUAGCGCCGCAUAUGACGUCAUAGCACGGAGUCCGCCAGCUCUCACCUGUAUUUACCUGCAGAGGGGCGAGCUUCACCGCAUGCAUCACCCGGAGCCCAGCGGCGAGACCCCCGGGAGCAGGAGGAUGUCCCACCCGUCUGUGUUCAUUGGCCGCAGGGGCAGCAACACCGGCGCAGCACCUGCAGACGAGCACCAGACGCCCGCCGGCUCUUCGUCGCCCGGACCACAUCAUCCGCCCCACAGCCUCAGCAUCCCGAGCGCCGGGGCGCAGGUCAAGAAGAAGAGUGGCUUCCAGAUCACCAGCGUCCUGCCCGCGCAGGUGUCCGCCAGCGGCAACAACAGCAUCGCAGACGACACCGAGAGUUACGACGACUUGGACGAGUCGCACACCGAGGACCUCUCGUCCUCCGACAUCCUCGACGUGUCGGUCUCUCGAGCCACGGACACGGGUGUCCCUGAGAGGAGCUCCUCCGAGGAGACGCUCAACAGUCUGCAUGGAGGCGAGACGCCCGGAGUGGUGUCACCCAACGAGACGGUGAUGCAUCAGGGCUACUUGGUGAACGGCAUCCAUCAUCAAACUCACCAUCAUCAAGGCCAUCACAAAACUGCGCCAAGACCGCCCGCUGUGGGCCCUGCAGCCUCCUCCGGCCCCGUAACUCAGGCGAAGGUCGCGGGUGGCCGUGCGGUACAGGCUGCUGUCCCCGAGGGCAGUGGGGCGCCCGUCACUGCUGGUGUCGUGAGCGCCUUGCCGGACACCGGAGGAGCUUCAGUGACGGUCACGCAGCCGCCGCCUCCGUCCACCGCUGCGAUCCAAACACAGACCUUCACGGCGUCCCGCUUCAGGGUGGUGAAACUGGACUCCAACUCAGAGCCCUUUCGAAAGGGACGCUGGACGUGUGCAGAGUUUUAUGAGAAAGACGCCCCGCCAGGAGAUCCUGCCGCCGCUCACAGAACUGUGGAGAACAUCAUUCACUCAGAACACGAGAGCACGAGCGGCAGUUCAUCGGGAAGCACCCUCAGCGGUGGAGACGCCCAGCAGACCCACGCCGGCCCACCACCUCAACUCCACGCUCACCCGCAUGAGUCUGUUCUUCUUACAGAUACUGCCCCUCCUCCAAGACCCCAGCAGCCGUUGGUGUAUGGCACGGAGGGUCAGAUACCCCCGCUGCAGAGCAGCUACCCCACCAAACCCCCCGUCUCUGUCGCUCUGCCGCCGAUGGAAUACACCCAGAUCUCAACAAACGCCGCUCAGUCGCUUCAGAUUCCUCCCGUUCAAAGCGCGGUGUCGCCCAGAGCCGCCCCGCUGCCCAUAGGCAUGCCACCAAUGGGGGUCCAGCUGUUCUCAUCCACCGCCUCCGGACCGCAGUUGCCGCUGCAUGGAGCGGUCGUACAGGGUCAGCAGGGAGGACGGGGUCCGCCGUCGGGCGUGAUGAGCGGCGUGACGGCCUCUCAGCUGGAGGACGCUCAGCGUCUGCUUUUGCAGCAUCACCCGCUGCUGGCACUGCCGCGUCUGGCCGUGUCUGGAGGUCUCACGGGAUCCUCUGUGGGCGACUGCGGUGCUGAUGCUGUGUUUGCCGUCUCCACAGGUGCCGAUGAAGACAGCUCGUCAGGCGCCAGUGUUGUGGCCAUCGACAACAAGAUCGAGCAAGCCAUGGAUCUUGUGAAGAGUCACCUCAUGUAUGCGGUGAGGGAGGAGGUGGAGGUUUUGAAGGAGCAGAUUAAGGAGCUGAUCGACAGGAACUCGCAGCUGGAGCAGGAAAACUCGCUCCUGAAGAACCUGGCCAGUCCCGAGCAGCUCGCACAGUUCCAGGCGCAGGUUCAGGCCGGAUCUCCCACCGCCGGGCCCCCCGCGGCCCUCCCGCAGAACCAGGGUCCCGGGCCCACCGCGUAACGACCCCGUGUCAGAAUGUUACUGUGACUUCAGCCGUGGAGUGUUCUCACGCUCAGAGCCUGACCUGGCUCAGACAAUCAAAACUGACACAAGCACUGCUACCGGACUCAUCAGGGUGAGAGUCAUGUGACCUCUGGACCUGACCAAUCACACGCCGCAUGCAGAGCUCAACCUUUUCUUCUGUGACGUCAGUGUUAUAAGGUGCCGGAGAUGAAAAAUAGUGUUGUUCUUGCCACAUUCUUUUUUUACAACAUUUUCAGAAUGCUUUUUUAUUUGUUUUAAUUGUUUGUUUGUCUCUCUGAAAGCGAGCACUUUGUAAUGUGUAAGAAAAGAAAACGAGGUGCGACACACAAGCACUAUGAGAGAAUUAUUAGCCCAUUCUU